AUGAACAAUAAGUUAGCCAUGGCAAGCCUCAACAGAAACAAAAGUGCCCCCACCACCACCUCUAGCGGAAAGAGCAUGGAGAUGAAAAUGAACAAGAAGACCGCACGUCUCUUGUCUGCCUUGCUGCACUUGACCAAGCAUGAAAAGAGCAACUCCCCACCCAAUAAGCAGGAUCUAGAUGAAACCUCCGCAAUGAGCCUUACUGAAGAAUUCUCAGAGACUGCGGAAUUUAUCGAGACUGCUGUGUUCAGUGCACCUCGUGACACGCAAGAAGAACAAGAAGAGGUCGCACAAGCAGAGGUGCUGGUAGCACAAGAAGAGGUAGCACAAGACGAACAAGACGAAGAAGAUAGCGAAGUAGUGUUUGAAUUUGACGUGGAUGACUUUGAGGCAUUGGCUGGACUGGAUAUUGACAACUUGGGGGAUUUGUUGUGUUUGAUGGGUCUCGAUGACGAACCUCACAGAGAAAACGCAGAAGAAGCCCCAAGAGAGACAGCAGAAAUCCAAAAAGGAGAGACUCCAACAGUCCAAAAACAUGCACUAUCCAAAAAGCGACCAAGCAAAAAGAGUGACCAGCAUGGGCGCUUCCAGGACGACAUUCUCCGGCGGCUCCAGAAGCAGCUGAAAGAAACAAAAGCAGCCUACACACCAUACACCUAUGGCAGAAAUGGACUCGCUGUCGAUGGGGGGCAGGAGCAGGCUGACUAUGAUGACAAUGAGACCAGCCAGCUCAGCACCAGCACGGAUGGUCCUUAUUACUAG